GUGCUAAAAAUUCUACUUCCAACAUUUAUAUUACUCCCAACAAUCACACUCUGCAAGCCAAAACAACUUUGAUCUACCAUAUCCAUUAACACUUUCGGAAUUGCUCUUCUAAGCAUACAAUGAUUUAAACCUUCCCAAGAACUAACCAUAAGUUUCUCCAACUACUAUAUAAGCAUUGACUACAUCUCAGCUCCACUCCUCACCCUAUCAUGCUGACUCACCCCAUUAACAAUCCUAGCUAGUCAAAACCAUCUUAUUACAGAACCAAUUCCACGAAAACAAACCUUCACCUUCAUUAUUAUCCUAUUACAAAUCUCACUAGUACUUGCCUUCUCAGCCACAGAACUAAUCAUAUUCUUCAUUAUAUUCGAAGCUACAUUAAUCCCAACACUAGCAAUUAUUACACGCUGGGGUAAUCAAAUAGAACGACUAAACGCUGGUACUUACUUCCUAUUCUACACCCUCAUUGGAUCUCUCCCACUACUAAUCGCCCUCCUCUCCCUACAAAAUCAAAUUGGCACACUAUCCACUCACAUAAUCCAACUCAACCAACCUACUAUAUCAAACACAUGAGCCCAUACAACAUGAUGAUUUGCAUUACUAACUGCCUUUAUAAUCAAAAUGCCACUUUAUGGACUACAUUUAUGACUACCAAAAGCACAUGUAGAAGCCCCAAUCGCAGGAUCAAUAAUCCUAGCAGCAGUACUACUCAAAUUAGGGGGAUAUGGAAUCAUUCGAAUUAUACCAACACUAAACCCCCUAUCAAAAACACUCUCCUACCCAUUUAUAGUACUAGCAUUAUGAGGAGUAAUUAUAACUGGUUCAAUCUGCCUACGACAAACAGAUUUAAAAUCACUAAUUGCUUACUCAUCAGUAAGCCACAUAGGUCUUGUUAUUGCUGCAACACUAACACAGACCCAAUGAGCAUACACAGGUGCUAUUACACUUAUAAUCGCCCAUGGAUUAACAUCAUCAAUACUCUUCUGCCUAGCCAACACAAACUACGAACGAACCCAUAGCCGAACACUACUAUUAGCCCGAAACAUACAACUACUAUACCCAUUAAUAAGCCUAUGAUGACUACUCGCUAGCUUAGCCAACAUAGCAAUUCCACCAACUAUUAACCUAAUAGGAGAAUUAACCAUCAUCACCUCACUAUUCAACUGGUCAAACAUUACAAUUCUAAUAACAGGUUCAGGAACCAUCAUUACCGCUACAUAUACCCUAUAUAUAUUAUCCACAACACAAUGAGGAGGGACACCCUCAUAUAUCAAAACAAUACCACCAACCCAUACACGAGAACACCUUCUCAUAAUCCUCCAUAUCCUCCCCAUAACACUACUAGUAAUAAAACCAGAACUAAUCUGAGGGACUUUUUGCU